AUGUAUGGAAUAGUUAAAAAGCGAUUUAGAACCUGGGCAGGUGCCACAAAUGAGAAUUCUGCAAUGUUAAAAAGCGAUUUAGAACCUCAAAGUUAAAAAGCGAUUUAGAACCUGGGCAGGUGCCACAAAUGAGAAUUCUGCAAUGUUAAAAAGCGAUUUAGAACCUCAAAGUUAAAAAGCGAUUUAGAACCUGGGCAGGUGCCACAAAUGAGAAUUCUGCAAUGUUUUAGGACCUAUAAUUCUCGAAUUUGAUAUCAUGCGUUGAAGGGUCUCGAUUAGUAAAAUUUUUUUAUUUGCCAGGUGCAACUAAACAGCUAUAUAUUACUGUUUCUUAGUAGAAAGAGCACUCUAGUGCAGCUCAGACCUGAAAACGAAGCUCUGAUUCGCAGAGAAAAUAGAGAAAGCGGACUAUGAUUGUAGGCUUCGGCGAUUUCAGAAACUGGCAUAUUUUAAUUAACUUGGGUCCUGGGACAAAAACUCGCAUAGCGGUUGUAAAAACCACGUUAGAACGAUCUUAACUCCUGCUUCGUAGUUAGGAUAGAUGAGAGUAUCGACGGUAGAAAUAUAAGAGAAAUAGAAAUCUAUUUUUGAAGCCUAGAUCCAGUGGUCCGCUCUUACAGAGACGCCCUCUUAAUAUCGUAACCACCCUCUCGAGCCCAGGCCCCUCCUACAUCGCAGAUUAUAUGCAGAAUGUUUUCACAUUUGGUUCUUUCUUUCAGGUUGCAAGGUACUAGAACAUGGUCCAAUUUUAAAAGAUGUUUUUCACUGCAGAUAUUUUAAGAUAAAUACUGUUUCCGAUUCUGUUACUGUGGAGCUGUGUGGUGCGUUGAAGGUAAUUGCUUUUCUUUCUGUAAUAUCAAAAUCUUCAAUAAUUAUAACGAAACUUUUUAGUUUUUAUGUGUUCAAACUAGGGUCACAGUGAGUUAAGUUUGAGUUAAAAUAUUUUUGUAGCGAUUUAUUAUGCGGUGACAAUAGACCUUUUAAACUCGCACUGGGUGUUUUAAUAUAUACAUAUAUUUCUUAGUAACAUAUUUUAAAUAUUAACUUCAAAACUUGAUAUCUCAGUCAUUUCAAGAUAUUCUUUUAUUUCAAGGGUGAGACGUUCUUAGAUAUGCAGGGUUAUAUAAAACAGGAACUAGAUAAUUUUGGCAGUUUUGCACUCGGGAUUUCAUUUUAGGAAAAAUGUUAGGUUCAAGAAAUCAGAAAACUCUUAACUACACACGUCACAUCAAUUUUCAGAUGAGAGGUCUAGUUAUUUUUUAUACACCAUGUACUGUAUAGUUAAGUAUUACUUAUUAUAGAAAUGUUAGGGUUUGAAAAUAGAUAAAUUCUCAUACUGUAUUAUAAAGUAAAUUAUCCAAAAUACUGAUGCAUAUGUUUACUAAUUGUAAAAGCUUUGCAUGCUAAAUCCAGUAUAAAAAUAUAGAUCAGAUGGAUUUUUUAUACAGUAUGAGAAUUGGCAAAUGUGAGUGGCUUUAGCUUUUAUUCUAAUGUUAAGAUAAUUAUUUAGAAUGCUGUUGCAAUUGGAGCUGGAAUGAUCGACGCUCUAGAGUGAGUUGUGUUUUUCAUAUCAUUAACCAAACCGAUAAUUGGCUGAUUGAUAUCCUCAAUAAUUAUCAAGGGAAAUGAUAAAACAACGUUUCCUUCUGUCAUAAAUUCUGUAUUUCCACCAUUUCCAUGCAUGCGAUCUUGUUAAAAGCUAUCACUGAUCUAAAAAUGUAAUACUGGAUAUUGAGCAUCAUUUUGAAUUCAAUGAAUAGCAAACAAGAAUACGACAAACCAUGAGGCACUUCUCUUUCGAAGUUGUUAUUUGUCCAGUCACCGAAACCAACGAGCAUUGGCUAUAUUUGCCCAUGCGUUAGUUUGGUUGGUUCGUUUAGGUGGCCAGCGGUUGUUUCCCCACACCUAACCGCUUCCCUAAACUCUAACUCUAACCGAUCAGGCCACCUGUUCGCAGGUCGAUCCACGGAACUAUUGAGGAGUUGCUUGAUGAUGAAAAUCAAUGAAAUAGCAUGUAUUCCAAUUGACGUCACAAGUGUAGUUUGUCCGAAUAGUCCCACAAUUCUUGUGGGCUUAACGAUAAUAGUAUAUCGUUCAUUUGCAUUCAAGUAAAUUUCAACUUGUUUGUGCUAUAAAUAAAAACCUUAAUAUACGCUAUGUUAUUUUAGCGAGUAUGUCUAAUAUGCGAGUUGCGAGUCUGCGAGUUUACGGUGGGGAUUUACUGCGUCGAAAACGCUCACUUAAGUGUAAUUUUGUGUGUUUUGUGACAAACUGGUCUUAUAUUUUAUACUUUGACAGAUCUUUUCAUUCUAAGAAAUGCUCUCGUUUCACUUUUUCGAAUUUUUAAAUUUUGGCGGGAAAAUGACGUCUUCCUUUUGGCGCCAAUAAGUGUUAAGACUUCCUUAGUUAAUUUUUUAAAAGUUAUAUGUUGUGUAAACUUCAAAACCGAAAAUAUAAUCGAAUUAUCUUUAUUCGAUCAAGAGUUAUAACGGAUGGAACGUUCAGAUUUCGGCCAUUUUGUUACUAAAAAUAGCCCAAAAUAGCCCAAAUCUGAAAAUUCCAUCCUUUAUAACUCUUGAUUGAAUUAAGAUAAUUCAAUUAUUGUUUCGGUUUAGAAGAUAAUAUGCCUCUUAUUUUAGAAAAAUUAACAAAGGAAGUCUUAACACUUAAACAAAAUAUUGGCGCCAAAACGAUGACGUCAUUUUCCCGCCAAAAUUUGAGAAAUUCGAAAAAGCGAAACGAGUCUGUCUGUCAAAGUAUAAAAUAUAAGAUCAAUUCGUCAAAGCACACAAAAUUACACUUAAGUGAGCGUUUUCGAGGCAAUAAAUCCACACCGUAAACUCGCAGACUCGCAACUCGCAGACUCGCAACUCGCAGACUCGCAACUCGCAGACUCGCAACUCGCGGAUUCGCAACUCGCAGACUCGCAACUCGCAGACUCGCAAUAUAGCCGACCUCUAUUUUAGCAUGCAGACAAAACCAAGAGAAUAGUUGUGCAGGACAAAUAAUCACUUCCUUUUUCUUUACAGAUGUGGUGCAAAUACAAAAGCGGCAGUUAUCCGUCUCGGAAUGGUCGAAAUAUUGUCAUUUGUUGAGAAAUUUUACGGCGAUGUGAAGAAAGAAACGUUCUUUGAGUCAUGUGGUGUUGCCGACCUCAUUGCGACGUGUUAUGGUGGGCGAAACAGAAAAUGUGCAGAACUCUUUGUAAGAACUGGAAAGGUAAUAUAAAAUUGUAAAUUAAAGUGCGACUAAUCCCAAAUAUUAUUUUUUGUAUGGGCUAUGUUUGUGUCAUUUUCGGACGAAAUGGAAUAUAAGUUAACUGUAGUAUAAAAUCUCAUAUAUUUUUUCACUGUCAAAGUUUCCGGAUAUGAUGUCAUUAGAUGAUUAUUGCAAAUUAGAUUUCUUUGUUUUUUUGCUCCAAAAAUUCAACUAAUGACAUCAUAUCCCAUAGGGCGAACUAAAAACAUAUAAAAUUUUCUGGGAGUUUGUUAGUCGAUAAGCCAAUUAAAUUUUAAAAAUGAGAGCGCGAAAGAAUAACAAUGCGACGAUCCUUAAAUGUUUUGUGGUAAUUAAGUAACAGACUAGGGUAGCUGAUUGGACCAAAUAUGAAACGUGCAUGUAGUAGUUUAAUCUUCAAAAUUUUCUGCGAGAUAACAAAUUGGCUAAAAUUUUCUGGCAACCUAGUUCCCCAGUUUCACUACAUUUUCGCCCUCUGUCAUAUCCAGAAAUUUUGACAAUGAAAAAGUUGAUCAAGAUGAGGUUUUUUACUGGAAAGAUAUACAGAGUGUCCCGAAAAAAUGCAAUAUAGCUAUGUUCCAGAUUUUUAUACAGCUAUUCUAUUAGUGAGCAUCAAAAUUUUAAUCUAAGUGAAGACAUUAAUUUGACAAUAAGAUUGUUAAAAUUGGUCUAGUGUAACCAAUAUUAUGUCAAAGUGACUCAUCAAACCUAUUGAUACUUUACACAACUGAUAGAUUAUUUCAAUGGUCCAUUGGGUGAAACAAACUUUAUUUUAAAACGGCCAUAACAUUCGUUCUACUAGACCGAUGUUAAUAAUUGUCUAAAUUCAUCUCGUAGAUUACAUUUGCGAUACCCUCUGGUAAUUAGCUGUGUAAAAAUCUGAAACGUAUUGCAUUUUUUCGGGACAAUACAGAGGUAGCCUAUUACAUUUCUUCUUUCAAUCACCCAAUUAUUACAUAUACCAGAAAUCAUACUUGGGAUUUGUGAUACUUCAAAUACAACAAAUUGGGAUUAAAUGCAUAUUGAAAAACUCAGAAUAUGGACUAUAAAAUCAGGGUAUAAUUUUUUGGUUGAUAUUUCGACUUCAGAUUAUUUCAAAGCUAAUUUCAGAUCUAAAUUGAACAGAAGACUUUCCAUGUCGCCAAAAUGGCGUCCGUCAUGAAAUAUUGUAAAAACGUUUGAGUCUAUUACAGGUAAACUACGUGAAGCGUUCCUCUUUCAAGUUCCUAACUUGAUUGCAAUUUUCCUCAUUACCUUAGUAAAUUUGAAAAACUCCCUUGCAAAUCCCUUGAGGGAAUUUGCAAUGUUCUUAAGAGCCAAACAAAUUUUCCUCAGUUCCUGUUAAAGUUCUUAACUUCCUGUUACAAGUUCCUAACUUCCUGUUCUGUUCUGCGCGUUGUAAUUGGCUAACAAAAAUAAUCCGCCAAUGAUAACGCUCAGAACAGAACAGAACAGGAAGUCAGGAAAUUAAAACAGGAAGUUAGGGAAAUUUGAAAGGAACUUUCUUUGUGUUGGAAUAUUACAACGGCCGACAGAAAAAUUGCAAAUUCCCUCAAGGAUUUGCAGAGAGUUUUUCAAAUUUGCAAAACUAAUUAUGAAAAUUCCAAAUGAGUUAGGAACUCAAAAGAGGAACGCUUCACAUAGUUUACCUGUAAUUCAAUAUUUUUAUUCAUGUGCGUUUAUCUAGAGUUUUGAAGUUAUUGAGAAGGAGAUCCUAAAUGGUCAGAAACUUCAAGGACCACAUACACUACAUGCACUGUAUAAAAUACUAAAAGAAAAUGAAUUGACAGAAAGGUAAAUUAUGUAUAAGAAACAAUUCGUUACAAUAUAUCUAUUACAAUAUACUGUGAAGGAGGUCGAAAUUUCUAAAGGCGAGACGAUAUUCCUAAGAGAUUCGCUCCCUGAGGUUGGCGGUGAAAUUGCGAGAAGGGCGGGGGGGGGGGCAUUGUUUGCAUUUUAGCUGCGGGUAUGCGGUUACCACCCGUGAGGAAGAUUUACGAUGAGGAAGGUUUAAUGUGGAAAACUCUACUCAACGCUGUCCCUGACACCAUAAAACAAAUAAAUGACACUUGACUACAAAGGUUGAGGUUGGCAGGAUGUCGAUGUUGUGCUGGAAACUAUUGUGAUAUUAUCGAUACCAGCUGUCUAUGUUACACGGGAGAAUACUGAGGAAAAAAACAAUAAAACGAAAAAAAUAUUCUGUAGAACGUGCAGGCUUUGAACUUGUUUGUUUUCGUUUGGUUCAGUAAAAUCUGGUAAAAUUGACAGCAAAUAAUCUAUUCAGAUGGUCAUAUAGUAUAUUUUCUAACGCUGGCAAUAGCAGCUUUCUGGGAAGCGGUGUUUUUAUAAGUAAUAGCAUGGCAUUCAGGGCGAUUAGUGAUUAAAUGUACCCGAAAGCCGAGAGAGGUUUAGUAAACCUCGAGGCUUGAGGGACAUUUCAUCACUAAUCGACCGUAAUGCCAUGCUAUUACGUUGUAAUACCAUAGUUGCCGAUGGAGUCCGCGCGUGGUGUGUUGCCUGUUUUGAAUGCUGUUUGAUUGUCUUAUGAUUGUGGUACGAACACUUUUCAUAUAUACGCACGCGCAGGAACACAUCUCCGUGUCCAUUGGCGUUUUAGGCAUGCGCAUAAACGGAAUUUUCUCCCACAAUUGUAAUGUUCAAGAUUAGGGAAUAAAAGCUGGCAAAGUGAUUGUUCGAAUGUGUACGGGACGGUGUCGUCAGAUACUGUCCAUAGUUGUGCCGAUGAUUUUCGAUGAUGUACAGCUCUCCAAUCAGAGGUAAUGAGGUGGUACGCUUUUGUCUUCUAAAUUUCCCUCAUCAAGCAUGCAGGGGAAAAUUAGUUCUAAUUUUGCCCGUGGGCCGUGGUAAAAUUAGUUCUAAUUUUACUCCCAUGUUUUAGUAAUGAGGUAAAUUAGUGAUUAAUCGUACCUCGCGAGACAAAGGAUUUCGAGGCAACUAUGGUAUUACUGUAGUAAUUGUAACGUAUACAUCUUCUAGCAGUCGCGAGCCUGUACUGUUUGUAUGUAUGAGUACAAUGCAAUCAAACAGCUGCAUGUCAGUUUGAAAAAGCCAUACUUCGCAUUAUUGUGAGGAAGGUUCAAGGUUUGCAAACUUGAAAUUUUGACCGGAGGUGAAUACUUUUUGCAACUCCGGGGGAGGGGCAUUUUUUGUGACACCGGCUUCGAUUAGAUCUUGGUCAGAUUUUCUCGGACAAAAAGGAGUUUAAACGUUAUUUUUCUCCUUUCAGCUUCCCGUUAUUUACAGCGAUAUCGAAAGUCGUAUACGAAGGCCAUCCACCACCAACGCUUAUCGACAUGCUAAAAGAUCACUUUUGAUAUCUAUUACUAUAUGAAUAACAUUUUAUCGUGUUUUAUCAAUGUGUUAUGAAAAUAUUUUCCUAUUUAAUUCAAAGUAAGAAAUUAAGAUGCUCUCUAGAGUAUUGAUUAUGAGCCCUAGAGUGGAUAAUAUUUUAUAUGCCAGUACAUUUGAGGUGCAAUAAAACGUACUAAAAUGUAAGUACUAAAAGUACUAAAAUGUUAUCUAGCUGCAUUAUGUAUGUAAAUUAUGGUUGUAACAUACACAACGCUGGCACACCACUGCAGUGGCAUUACAAGGCAUUUUUUAAUACCAUUGACUGAUUUGCCCCACUGGGCCCCUUCCUCUUCCCCACCAUUGAAGAAAAAAAUGGCCUAUUGCCCCAAAGUCAGGGCCCUAGGACCUCUAUUGAGUAAAUGAGUUUAACAUUGAAAAGAAGUUUAAAAAACAAAAUUUGUUGGUGAGCAUACUUAAACGUCAUGUGUUUGAAUGUUUAGCUACCCUGGUUCCAGAGGUUUAUUUUUAUUAUUUUCAUUGCGAAGAGGAGAGGAAAAAUAAACCUCUGGUUGAAAGCGGCAAUUGAUUCAUCAAGCCGCGCCAAUCAAUUUGAAUUAGGGUCAGAUCCUGACUCUGUCUCCUGAUUGGAUGAUUGUAUUAAAGCUCUCUGAUUGAUUCAAAUAAAACAUCUAUAACCAAUCAGAGAGCUUUAAGGAUCUGACCCUAAUUCAAACUGAUUGGCGCGGCUCGAUGAAUCAAUUGCCGCUUUCAACCAGAGGUGUAUUUUAAACCUCUGGAACCAGGGUAAUGUUUAGCGUGCAAUUUAGUACAAAUUUUACCAUAAAACUUUGUUCUGAGAAGCUGAGAAUUUUUUAAAAAUGUGUUGUCAGAUUGCAGGAAAUGCUAUUUCAGAGACUCCAAUUUUAAAAAUUUCCUGGGGUACAUGGAAAAUGGGCCCUUUGGCAGUUUUACCCUACCCUACCACUGAAGAAUCCUUAAAACAUGCACUGCAUUGCAAAAUUGGAAGCUAUAUUUUAUGGAAAUCAUAAAUAUUCUUGUAUUAAAAUCAUUUUCAUGCACAUUUAGUGCAAAUAUUCAGUGGUUUAAUAAAGUAAAAGACAUUGCCCAAUGUUAUUGUUUAAACCAUUAUUAAGAAAUUAUUUUAUA